AUGUAUCACAUCAUCCUCCACGAAGAAAAGUGCCUCAACGCAAGGGCAGAGCUUCUACAUGGAAAUACAGAUUGCGCCAAAAGCUACUAUCCCAUGAUCGCCUUGAAUCGCCCACAUGCUAUAUAUGGCUUGCCUCCACAACCAACUAUUCCAAACCCUUGCCUUCCAAUCCCUCAAGUGGAAUAUGAACGAGAGAUGCAUCUACGCACUGUGUACCAGCAACAGCUACAGCAACAUCGACUUUUCACCCAGAAUCGGGCUGCUACGCAGGCCAUGCAGACCGACAAUGCCGGAGGUCAGCCUGCGUCUCCGCUUAUGGCUCAGCAACAGCAAAUAGUUACACAGAGUCGGGCUUCUGUGACUGGAAUGCAGUCAGCGAACUCUCAGACUGAAAUCUUUUCCCAGUCACAACAGUUACCCCACGAAGCGAAGACAUCGCAAACUUCACUGAAGAGGGAACUUGAGACUUCACAUGAGACGUUUGAGGAUUGUCCCAGGAAGUUGCCAAAAGAGUCUUAA